AUGACAUUACAGUUAGCUGAUCAUUUAGUUCAUCAUUUAAAAGAUAUAAUAGAGGAUAUUUUGGUAAAGGUUGAUAAGUAUAUUUUUCUUGCAGACUUUAUAGUGCUUGACAGUGAUGAGGAUGUGGAUUUACUACUAAUUCUUGGGAGACUAUUUCUACGAACUUCCAAGGUACUCAUUGAUAUGGACGGAGGUGAGAUGAUAUUGCGCAUUGAAGAUGAGAAGCUCGCAUACUACCUCACUGAAGAAUUUUUCCAUCCUGUUCCAUUUGAGGGGUGGCCUAAUAUUGAGCAGGAGGAGAUGGGCCCACAUGUAAGGAAGUAUUCCACCUUUAUUAACCUCAAUGAAAUAAGGAACAAGUACGUCAAGCUAGUGAUGAAUGACACUAUACCAAGAAAGUGGCUUAGAAGCACUCGCUCAGUUUGUGACCCAUCUUCGCUUGAAGAGUUGGAGGUUGUGAUGCCAGAGCCCAGCAGCGGUUCUAACGCCUUCGAAACCUCAAGUUCGAGCGAGCAUGACGUACCCAAGGUGGGUGAGCUCGCUCUAAAUCAUAGUGUGCAAAUAGAGAAAGUCGAGUUGGCUGGGCACUCUGGUACUAUCAUUGUGCCCCGUGAUGUUCUUGCUAUGGAUAACAUGAAUAUACCUGCAGGUUGGACGACUGAGUAUGGUGGCCUUGGACGAUCCAUCUUGUGA